AUGCAGAAACAGCAGCUAACGGUUGUAGUUCGGGUGCGACCGUUAAACAAUACCGAGAAAGCGCGAAAAUGUUUUCAGUGCGUUUUUCCUUUAGACAAAAAAAGAAUCCUUCUCGUCGACCCGGAAAAGUUUGAAAACAACAUUCUUCGUCAAAAUCGGCAACAUGAAAGGAAGUUCGAGUUUGAUGCCGCAUUCGGCGCCAGCUCAACACAGGAAACGGUGCACGAAACGACGACAGGUCCAAUUAUCGAUUCUGUGAUUAAUGGGUAUAAUGCUACUGUGUUCGCAUAUGGCGCCACAGGUUCCGGCAAAACAUACACAAUGAUAGGAACAAAAGAGAAACCGGGAUUAAUGACCUUAAUGACAAAAACACUUUAUGAAAAACUGGAUAGUAGUCAGUACCAGGUUCUACUUUCUUACAUGGAAAUUUACAACGAGAUUAUUCGAGACCUUCUCAACCCAAAUGGAGCCGAUUUGGACCUUCUAGAAGACGAAAAUGGCAAUAUUCGUGUGCCUGGAUUGUCAUCUGUCCGAGCACCCAAUCUUUCAAGAGUAAUGAUUGUGAAAAACAACUCUCUUCACAGUAAACUUUUUAUGAUUGAUCUCGCUGGCUCUGAGCGAGCAUCUAAUACGCAAAAUCGUGGACUUCGCCUCAAGGAAGGAGCAGCAAUCAACCGUUCUUUGCUGGCCCUUGGAAAUGUAAUUAACUCUUUGGCAUCAAAAAAUACACGUUUUGUUAACUACCGAGACAGCAAGCUUACAAGGUUAUUGAAAGACUCGUUAGGCGGAACCGCAAAAACUUGUAUGAUUGCUCAUGUAACACCUGCCAGCUCGAACUUCGAAGAAACCUACAACACUCUAGUGUAUGCUUCGAGAGCUAUGAACAUCACUAACAAAACUGUGCGCAAUCGACCAGCAUCGGCUGAUCAGGUGUACACAGAAGCAAUGAAUUCCAUUAGAAAAGAAAUCGGUUCGAGAAUGAAAAACUCGGUUUCAACAACAACACUUUCUUAUAAAUCUUCACGCGCUCAAAAAGCAGUUUCACGCAAUGGAAGUAUUACAAGAAAUUCGAUCGCAAACGACAAAAAGUCGCUGCCAGUUAAUGGAAAUUCAUUAUUUUCUCAGCUCAAAGAGCAGUAUAUGACAUUAAACGAUAAACAAAAACGUUUAAGAGAAAAACUGAUGACUGUAAAUCAAGAAGCAUAUGGAUUGGAAAUGUCGCUCGUUUCAAAAAAUGCUAUAAUUAGUGCCUGGGAGAAGCACAAUGAGAAUAAAGUCGCCGAAAGUAUUGAACGAUUAAAAAGGGAUGGUGAAGAGCAGAAAAACAAAUUGAGUGAACUGGCGGAGGCACGCUCGAAAAUUGAGCGUGCGCUGAAGAAAGGAGAAGAAACAUCUGCCAAUUUGGAAUCGCGCAUGAAAGCCCUUGCUGCCACGAACGAGCAAAAAGAGAUGGUCCGAUUGUUGGUCCGAAUGGGUGAAAUUGAAGCGCAGAACAUUUCCGCUCUCAGCGAUUUGGCGAUUCAAGAGUUGAUAAUGGAUCGAACCGAUAGCUCGAUUGCGAAACUGCAAAAAUAUGAACUGGUAGCUGAUAAAUUGAUUGAUGGGAGACUUGACGAAGCUGAUCGCAAGAAGUUGGAGGAAGAAUAUCGCGUAAUUAAAAACCAAUUUCAUUAUACAAUUCUACCAUUGAAAAAUAUUCAUUCCACAGUUUCGUGGAAUUCAAUGCUUCUUCCAAAAAUUAACAACAACAAUACAAUUUAUGCUGACAAAAAUGAAAGCCCUGGUAAGAGGAAACGUGAGCGGCGUGAUUCUAUUCAACUUCCGGCAAUACCAAAUGGUAAAGAAAAACAACAAGUGCAACCAUCAACUGACUCAACAGAUGACGAUUCCAUCACGACGCCUGUAAGUGACAGACUACCAAAUAUUUGA